CUAAAAGCUUUUAUUAAAAUGACCAAGAAAUUGGUAAAAGGCGAGAGUCGUCUUGGCCUUACAUAUGUGUCCAUCCGUUUGACUGUAGAAACAUCAAAAUCUCAGAGCCUCCAGGAGCUAGAACCCCGAAUAUUAGUGGACAGGCUCAACUGGUAUAUACGUUGUUUAAGUUUAAUUGAAAUUUCUGACCUCAGAAAGCAUUGGAGUUGCCUCAUCACAGAUUUUCAAGGAGCAUCAGCUACCCAAGCACCAAUUUUUAGAAGAAAUUUAAUUCAAAUUGUGGUCUUAGACAAUCUUGGAUUUCCAUUGCCUGGAGCAGGAUGACAAAUUUUGGAAGAGCAACAAAUAUAGUUAUAUCUUAAAAUUAAACAUUACUUAUUUUAUAACAAUCAGGCCUGUUCUUGUUUUCAAAUCGGUUUUAACUUGA